CGGAGUGUGUUGGGUUGGGGCGCGUGUUGACGGCGGCGUGAGAUUAAGGUGGUUGUGAGUUUUGUGCGAGUGUUAUUGCUUUUGAUUGUGAUUGCAAUGAAGAAAACUGAGGAAAUGAACAAUUAGGGAUCUUACAACACGGCAUAUUUAAGUUGAUAGGCUGGUGUGAAGCAUCUGGAGACAGUGGAGGCAGCAUCAGUGGUGCGCACGACUGUAUCGACGGCGCGCCCGGCAGGCCGCCCUCCACUGCUCCGCCAUGUCCCAGAUGGACCUUUUCCUGCCGCUGUUGGCCACCACUGACACCAGGAAGAAGCUCUCUGUCAGCAAUGAUAUUGUCAACUACUUGGAGUUGUCCAACGACAUUGAUUGUGAAGACAUUGGUGCUUUCAUUGAUGGCGUUAUCCCGUGGACGAAUCAGAGCAACUUCAGGGUGUCGCAGAAUGGCCUGGAGAUCCUGGGCCUGCUGGUGGACCGGAUGAAGACCGACUUCAGGCCAUAUGUCAACGCCGUGCUUCCGCACGCUGUCGACAGACUCGGCGACGCCCGGGAGUCGGUCCGCGAGAAGGCGCACAUCCUGCUGAUCAAGCUGAUGCUGGCCACCGUCAGCCCGCAGCAGCUGUUCGACAAGCUGUCGCCGGCGCUGGCGCACAAGAGCGCCAAGGUGCGCGAGGAGGUGAUGGUGCUGCUGCAGAACGCCCUCGCCGAUCACGGCGCAGGCGCGAUUUUGCUGGCGCCGCUGGUGGCCCCUGUGGUGCGACUCCUCAGCGACCCGGCCGCGCCCGUGCGCGACACCGCCUUCAACACGCUGGUGGAGCUGUACAAGCACGUGGGCGAGCGACUGAGGUUCGACCUGCAGCGCAAACACAGCGUGCCGCCCGCCAGGCUGCCGCCGCUGAUGGCCAUGUUUGACCAGGUGCGCGACUCCGGCCUCAUGAAGCCCACCGCCUCCGUGCUGCCGCCCGGCGCUGACG